CAACGCGACCGAAGAAUCGAUCAACGAAGCAAAAACCGCAAGACAGCAGCAGAAUCCGGCAUUUUACUUUUCUUCUGCUGGUGCGUAAACAGUCGGACAGUACCGAAUCAAUCAGGAUGGGCGUUGAAGUCAUUCCAAUCUCCAACGGAGACCAAUCUACCUUCCCAAAGACCGGCCAGGUUGCGGUGGUUCACUACACCGGCACGCUGGAUAACGGAACUGUGUUCGAUUCUUCCCGCACCCGUGGAAAACCCUUCCGAUUCACCGUAGGCCGCGGUGAGGUCAUCCGUGGAUGGGACGAAGGUGUUGCUCAGAUGUCGGUCGGACAACGUGCCAAACUGGUUUGUUCGCCGGAUUACGCGUACGGCAGUCGCGGUCACCCGGGGGUUAUUCCCCCGAACGCUACCUUGACCUUCGACGUUGAACUGUUACGAGUCGAAUAAAUCAGCCAAAUCACCAUAAACAAGCGCAACCGGUCAAAUCAGUGAAUCAAACAACAAAAAAGCAAACACGGAAAUAUUGAAGCAAUCCUUAAAUCCGGGUCUGGUUUAUGAACAUUAACAACAUAUUACAAAAUUGGUAUAGGUGGAACAGUAGAAUACGCUAAAUCUUCUUUCAAAACAGUCGAUCGUGGAAAAAAAAGGGUCGCACUUGUAACUGUAGGUUUUCAAACGACAUUCACUAACUAAAAGGAAAUUCAUCUUUGAACAACAAAUCAACAAACGAUGCAUUUAUACUAUCUACUUCUCUACCGAUUUUUAGAAAAUUUAUUAGAAGGCCACUUGAGCUGCUGUAGUUUUGUUUUUGAAAUUGUGUAGUGCGUAGGCAAAAAUCUGUUCCGACUGUUUUGUGGGUCAUUCGCUGAAAGUGUGCCGUAGUUUGGGCGCCGAACCUGCUCUGGAAGCAGGCUUCAGCAGACUUUUCCAGUUUCCAACUUCCGUUUUACAAUUCCAAAAAAAUAUAUACAACAAAAACCUUUCAAGUACAUACAGUAUAAUACCAAACAACAUAUACAGAAAACUAAAAGCAAACAUUUAAAAUUAACAGUUUAAACAAGAGUCAUAUACCGUUCGACGUUGUAACGCAAAGGAAAGAAUUAUUCAUACUCUGUAUCUCAAUUAUAGAACAAAAAACCAGUA